AUGACGAAGAGGAAGAAGUACCGAAAAGUCCGAGGCGGCUGCCUCACCUGCAAAGAGCGAAAGGUCCGAUGCGGUCUCGAAAAGCCAGAGUGCGAAAACUGCACGAGGCUCGACCGGCCGUGUGCCUAUGCUGACACGCCGGCUCGACCGUCUGCCAUGCAAGAGGCUGAGCUCAUGCAUCAUUACACAGCCUAUACCUGCCUCUCUAUGAGCGAAAAUCCCGUUCUUCGUUCGCUUUGGAGGGAUAUCGUUCCAAAGCACGCCUUCCGACACCCCUUCCUGCUUCAAGGCCUCUACGCCUGCGCAGCUCUCCACAAGGUCCACGGCGAUCAAAACAUGGCGCCGGAAGCCUUAGCCCGCCUGAUCCAUGCUGCAGAUUUCUAUCAACAGGACUCUCUGAAGACCUACAUUGAUCUGCUGAGUAACGUUACCGAGGAGAAUUGCCACGCACUAUUUGCCUUUUCGCAAAUCAUCGCGGGCCUCAGCUUUGCGCGUCUUAGUUCAACUAUCUAUGAGCACACCAGCGGUCCCAUUGAUUUCAUUGACAGUUUUCUCAGUCUUUUCGAGUUGAUGAAGGGUGCUCUCAAUGUCGCCAUAGAGGGCAUAGAGUGGCUACGAGAGGGAAAUUUGAGGUCCAUGCUGGGCGAUGCCCCCAGCAUACCAUCUCGACAAGACCUGGCAGGAAGCUCCACUCCUUGCGGGAGAGCAAUGGAAACGCUCUCACAUCAUAUUGCAGUUCAGAUACAGGAUGAUGAAGCAUCCAGAGCUCGAGUGGAGGUUCUACAGUCUACUCUUCGCCUCGUCUACAGCCUUUUUCUUGAACCGCCUGAAUCAAAGGAGAGGCUGAAUAAUAUCGGCGGCUUCCUGGUGUUUGCCGACCUGGAAUUUAUACGGCUUUUAAAAGGAUGGGACCAUGGCGCCCUGGCUAUUCUGGCAUAUUACGGCGCUGCACUGCAUCGGCUACGCCAUAUUUGGUACUAUGGAGAUGUGGGUGCUAAAAUCGUUAAAGCUGUGGAAGAUAUUGGUAUCCAAGCCUAUUCCACAUAUUUGACAUGGCCUCAACAGCAAGUCGGCACCUAG